AUGUCUCGGCGGCGGCGGCGCAGGAUCGGAUGGGAGUGGGGCCUACCGUUCCUUCAGUACGGGCCAGAAUGGAGGAAACAGCGCAGGAUCAUCUGGCAGCAGUUUCACCCGGGUGUCAUCCCCAAAUAUCACCCUGCUCUGAUCGAGGGCGCGCGUCGGUUGGUGCUGCGCUUGCUCGAUGAUCCCGAUCGGCUCCCCGAGCACAUUCUCUAUGCAAUCGGUGGGACAAUCGUCGAAGCGACCUAUGGCCUUACUGUAGCCGCCGAAGACGACAAAUACAUCACCAUCGCUAAUCGCUCGGUCCAGGACGUGCAUCGCCUCGUCAGUAUUUCUGCCAUGGUUUUCCAAGCACUUCCCGCGCUUGCGCGCGUUCCGACCUGGCUUCCAUUACCUGGCGUGGGGAUUCUUCGUGCUCUCGAAGAGGCUCGGAUGUGGGCUAAGAAGAUGCGCAACGAGUCAUGGGAGGACGCAAAGGCGGCAACUGAAAAAGGAAGCGCGAAGCCGUCCACAGUCAGCCUGAUGAUAGAAAAUAUGACGCACCUAAGUCCGGAAGACGCCGCGAGGGAAGAAGAGUCUUGCAAGAGUGUGGGAGCGGUGAUAUAUUCUGCUGGAAUAGAUACGACAUAUAGCAUCAUCAGCGCGUUCUUCAUGGCCAUGGCACUGCAUCCAGAAGUCCAACAGAAGGCGCGCGCCGAGCUCGACGCUGUGGUCGGUGGAGCCCGACUGCCGACCUUCUCGGACAGGGAGAACCUCCCAUAUGUGAAUGCGAUUUUGAGAGAAGUUGGACGCUGGCACGUCGUCGCACCCAUGGGGUUCCCCCGCGCCACGACGGAGGAUGACGAGUACAAGGGCUACUUCAUCGCAAAGGGCACGGCCGUGAUUGUGAACGCGUGGGCGAUCCUCCACAAUCGGGAACUCUACCCAGAUCCUGACGCAUUCAAGCCAGAACGCUUCUUGAAAGACGGAAAGAUUGAUCCCGACAUCAUGGAUCCUAGCAGUGUUUCGUUCGGACUAGGGCGACGCGGUUGCCCAGGGCGCCAUCUCGCAGAGGCGUCAGCGUUUAUCUACAUGGCAUUUGUCUUGCAGAACCUGGUCAUCUCUCGACCUCUUGGCGAGGACGGAGAGCCCAUCCCGUUUGAACCGAGCGUCCGUGGGGAUAUCAUAAUUGCCUUCAAGGACUUGCGAUGUGUUAUCAAGCCGCGCUCGGAGAGCACUUUGACGCUGAUUCGGCAGGACGACUCGUCCAUGUGA